AUGAACGCUACUAGUGCUAUAGGUUCUAAUGUUCUAGAAUCUUUUUCGUAUUUGAAUCAAACUGCUCAUUCUUUGAUUCCCGACAGUGUUAUCUUCAGCCCUGUGGUUAACUACCCGUAUAGAUUAGCACUUUCCUUUGUGAAUGCCGCAAAACUUCAAUAUGAACAGGCAUUAGAUGUUGAUAUCCUAUGGUUUGGUGUGAGAUGCCUUAAAGAGCUCACCUAUUACUUAUUGAGUAGCUACGCCACUGCUAGUUUUGUUACGGCUUUGAUCCUUAACAGGAUUGUUAUCAUGGCAUCUUUGAGAUCAACUGCAAACCGUGUUGUCUUGCCACUGUGGUCAAGGGUUUUACUACACCUUGCAGCUAUUAUACCACUAAUUUAUACACUGUUGCAAGUAUUGUGUCAAUAUGGGAUCGUUCAGAAGUUAGAACCGUUGGAGUUUACCACUUUUCUUUCAAGUACAUUUGCCUCGUAUGCAUGGUCGAAUUGUGUGGAGACAUUUGUAGCAUCGACUACUAAUACUCUACCGUUGGAGGAAUCUGAUUACUCUAUCUUUGAACUAUCGAUUCUUUUCUAUUGUCUAAAGAAGAGUAAACAGCUUGAUCUUCCUUUGCAGGACUAUUUACCAGAUUGUAUGAUGGCAACACUGGGUAGAUUAUUAGUUCACUCGGUGGAAUUGUUCCAAUGUAGGAAAUAUCGUCUUUUUGGUAGCACUAUACUCAACUUUGCAGGUAUAGGGCAUUUCAUUUACAAAGUAAGAUGGUUUGGUUUUAAUUCAUUGCCUGUUGCAACAAGAUACAUAAAUUUCCCGAAAAUGUUCUCGUUGUUUUUGAUUGUGAUGUCUGUCAGUACUUAUUCAUUAGCAUACUUGGUAAGAUUGGAUCCGUUUGGCAGGGGAGGGUUAGAUCCACAAGAAUUACAAUUUUAUUCGUUUAUGCGCAAUUGGUGGGAACAUUUAAACUGUACAGGCGAAGAAGAGUUCUCAUGCGUUGUGGUUAAACUGGCUACUAUGCUAUGUAUGGGCAGAGAAUCGAUGAGCAAAGGUGUGUUAAGAGAGUUUUCUCAUAUCAAUGCACCCUCAAGCAUUCAUCACAGUUAUGUGAUUAGCGGUUAUUUGAAUAACAUCUCUACGAUUCCAGAGGAUAUUGAAAUUAGGUAUAGAGAGAGUAUUAUGACAAUGCAUCCAGGCACGAGUAAUGCGCCUGGUCUAGUGAAAAGAUUCAAAAUUUGCAUCAUGCUAGUCAAACAUUUCUUUGCUUUCUUCCGUAAAUCCAGAGCACCAGAAAUAAGGCAGGAACCAUUAGCGAAGGAUCCCAAUAGAUAUGUGACUGAAAGGAAUUACGCAAAAUUCUUGUCCAAACCGCAAUUCUCUCAGAAGGAGACCGAUCUCGAUAACAAUCAAUAUUUGUUACCAGAAGAUGAUCUUUCAGGUGAUUACGUGCCGGACCAAAGUGAGGAAGUGGAAACUGAUACAGAAUUUGGUAGCGAUGAUGAAGAUUUAGGGACCAUAUUAGCUCCUGAAAGUAUGGACAAUUUACAAGAGGAUCUUUCUUGGUACAUAUCCAUGUGGUCCAUCUUAAAAUCGGCAGUUCAUAGCGGUACUAGGUUAACUAGAAAACAAUACGCCGCUAUAGAACCGCAGAAGAUUCUUACCGAAGUGGUGCUCGAGAGAACUGCAUCGCAUAGAACUGACGACGACGACGACGAUGAUGAUGAUGAUAUGGAUUCGACCUUUGCCUGUGUGGUUUGUAAGACUAAUUCAAGAAAUGUGGUAUUGUGGCCUUGUAGAUGUUUCGCCCUCUGCGAAAGCUGUAGGGUAUCCUUGGGGCUACGUGGAUUCAACUCAUGUGUAUGCUGCAGAAGGGACGUUCAUGGAUAUAGCAAGUUGCAUGCAAUUUGA